CUUGUGUUCCAUCUUUCUAGGUAUGAAUGCUGCUGUUCGAGCUGUAACUCGCAUGGGAAUAUAUAUUGGAGCUAAAGUGUUCCUGAUCUAUGAGGGUUAUGAGGGACUAGUGGAAGGAGGAGAAAAUAUCAAACAAGCAAACUGGCUCAGUGUAUCCAAUAUUAUUCAGUUGGGUGGCACCGUCAUUGGCAGUGCCCGCUGCAAAGCUUUCACCACACGGGAGGGCCGCCUCCGGGCUGCCUACAACCUGGUACAGCAUGGCAUCACCAACCUGUGUGUCAUUGGAGGGGAUGGCAGCCUGACUGGUGCAAAUAUCUUCCGCACAGAGUGGGGUGGUCUUUUGGAGGAGCUAGUCAAAGCCGGAAAGAUCACUGAAGAAGUAUCUCAGACAUACCGUCAUUUAAAUAUUGUGGGCCUCGUGGGCUCCAUUGACAAUGACUUCUGUGGCACUGAUAUGACCAUUGGCACUGACUCUGCCUUGCACCGCAUCAUGGAGGUGAUUGAUGCCAUCACUACAACUGCCCAGAGUCACCAGAGAACAUUUGUGCUGGAAGUGAUGGGCAGGCACUGUGGAUACCUAGCAUUAGUUUCAGCACUGGCUUCUGGGGCUGACUGGCUUUUCAUUCCUGAGUCACCCCCUGAGGAUGGCUGGGAGGAUUUUAUGUGUGAACGGCUUGGUGAGGCCCGAAGCAGAGGAUCCCGACUGAAUAUAAUCAUAAUUGCUGAAGGUGCCAUAGACAGGAAUGGGAAAUCCAUCACUUCUAACUAUGUGAAGGAGCUGGUUGUGAAACGUCUUGGCUUUGACACUCGUGUGACUGUGCUUGGUCAUGUGCAGCGUGGUGGAACCCCAUCUGCGUUUGAUCGUGUCUUGAGCAGCAAAAUGGGCAUGGAAGCAGUAAUGGCAUUACUGGAAGCAACACCAGAUACUCCAGCCUGUGUGGUGAGUCUCUCUGGGAACCAGUCAGUGCGCCUACCCCUAAUGGAAUGCGUGCAAGUGACCAAAGAUGUCCAGAAGGCUAUGGAUGAGAAAAGGUUUGAUGAAUCUAUCCAGCUCAGAGGCAGAAGCUUUGAAAACAACUGGAACAUUUAUAAGCUACUUGCGCACCAGAAACCAGCUCAGAAAAAGAGCAAUUUCAGUAUUGCCAUUCUGAAUGUAGGAGCCCCAGCAGCAGGCAUGAAUGCAGCAGUCCGAUCAGCUGUUCGUGUUGGGAUUUGCCAGGGUCACACAAUGUAUGUGGUGAAUGAUGGCUUUGAAGGCUUGAGCAAAGGGCAGAUCAGAGAGCUGGGUUGGCAUGAUGUUGCAGGCUGGUUGGGCCGUGGAGGAUCCAUGUUGGGGACCAAACGAACUCUUCCAAAGACAUGCAUGGAAAAGAUUGCUGAAAAUGUUCGGAAAUUUAACAUCCAGGCCCUACUGGUCAUUGGAGGCUUUGAGGCAUAUGAAGGAGUGUUACAGUUGGUGGAGGCCCGUGGGCAGUAUGAUGAACUUUGUAUCAUCAUGUGUGUGAUACCAGCUACCAUCAGUAACAAUGUUCCUGGCACUGAUUUCAGCCUAGGAUCUGAUACAGCUGUCAAUGCUGCCAUGGAGAGCUGUGACCGCAUCAAACAGUCUGCCUCAGGCACCAAACGGCGUGUCUUCAUUGUGGAGACUAUGGGGGGUUAUUGUGGCUACUUGUCAACAGUAACUGGAAUUGCAGUGGGAGCAGAUGCUGCUUACAUCUAUGAAGACCCUUUCACCAUUCAUGACUUAAAGGCGAAUGUUGAACAUUUGACUGACAAAAUGAAAACAGACAUUCAGAGAGGUCUGGUACUCCGCAAUGAGAAGUGCCAUGAACAUUACACCACUGAGUUCCUGUAUAACCUAUACUCCUCAGAGGGAAAAGGAAUAUUUGAUUGCAGGAUCAAUGUUUUAGGCCAUCUCCAACAGGGAGGUGCUCCAACCCCCUUUGACCGCAACUAUGGCACCAAGCUGGGUGUGAAAGCUGUUCUGUGGAUGUCAGAGAAGUUGAAGGAAGUUUACCGCAAGGGCCGUGUAUUUGCCAAUUCUGCAGAAUCUGCUUGUGUCAUUGGCCUACGGAGGAAGACUGUAUCCUUUAGUCCAGUGACAGAGCUCAAAAAAGUCACCGAUUUUGAGCACAGGCUUCCUAAGGAGCAGUGGUGGCUGAACCUACGUCUUAUGCUGAAGAUGCUGGCCCACUACCAGAUCAGUCUGACUGAAUAUGUGUCUGGGAAGAUGGAGCAUGUCACCCGGCGCACACUCAGCAUCGAGAAGGGAUUCUAGCUACAGUCUUCUCUUAGCUUUGUCUCUGAUCAAUUCUCUAUAGUUCUCUCCCUCUCUGGCCUGAUCAUGUCUUUUGAGUGCAAAACUGAUGCCACUGUGAGUCUGCAAGAGUGUGGCCAGAGGACAGCCUGCCUGUUGUUGCAGAAUUACUCCAUGCCCCCAACAGGAUCUUACAUUCUUCCCUGCCCAUUGAAGAGCGUCAACAGGGUUCACCAAUUCCUUCUCAAGCCUCUUUGCUGCCCCAUGAAGUAGAGGGCGAGUGCAGGCUAAUGCCAGACAGAAUGUAUUCCUAUUUCACAGGGUUUUU